AUGUGGUCUGUGGACGUCCUCAUCCUCCUGCUGUUCUGCUACGCUUGUCUUUCAAUUGGAAAUGAAAAAGUGCGUUUUGUCUCGAAGAACUUUCACAAUAUACUCCACUGGGACCCUGUGGAGCCGACCUCCGCAGGGGAAAAGGUGCUCUAUAGUGUCCAGUACAUGAGUUAUGAUGGAGAGCAGUUCCAGAUAAAACCAGAGUGCCAGAACAUUAGCGCUCUGACAUGCGACCUGACUGCAGAAACCCCAUCGGUUCCUGACGUUCACUACCAUGCUAAGGUGCUCGUUAACGGCCGCGUGCUUGGCCGCACCGUCACCAGGUUCAAACCUAUAGCAGAGACCACUCUCGGUGCACCCAACCUGACCACAUACACAACAGUGUCCUCCCUGUUCGUUAACGUCACUCUGCCCUUGGGGCCAAAUGGAGUCUCCGUGGCAGAAAUCAUCAGCAAGAGCAAAAAUGGGCCAUCCAAAGUUGGGAUUAUAUAUACCUUACAUAUCACAGAACCAGAGUGGGCUGCGCUGGUCAAUGAAAACACCACCGGCCGGUUUGUCAUCAACUUGAAGAACAACCGAACAAAAUACUGCGGCCAUGUGUUCUACAAGCCUUUUUCUGAAUAUGGCCGCGCCGUGAGUGAGAAGGCCUUGUUCUGUGUCACAUUACCAGAUAACCCACAGAUGCUUUUACCGUGGCUUUACUCAAUUGCUGCUUUUCUGGUGGUCGUCAUCGUGAUAUCGGUCACGUGGACGUGCAAUUAUUUGAAAGGUGGAAAGAAAGCCAACAUUCCACAGUCACUGAAGGUAACCACUUCUGGCAUCUUCAAGCAUCAAAAACAAUCUUCAGACAAUCGUAUCAUCAUUUCUACACCGGUGGUCAGCUGUCCAAGUGAACUUUACCCCUCAAUCCAGGUGAAGCCACAUGUGUCUUCAGAUAGGUUUGGGGGUUACUCACCCCAGGACAUGCCCUUCCUCGCCUGGCAAGGCAGCAGUGGGUCAUCUGAGGAAAAUGGAGCACACAGUCCGACCUCAAAUCAGCUGGAAAUGAGCAGCCAGUCCUCAGAAAUCUACAGUUCAGUGGCUGCUCACAUACCUGUGGAUAAGAAUCAACAUGUUCAGCAGGCUACCACCGACGAGACAGAGACCUGUAACCUACCACUGCCUUUCAGUUCAGAACUCUGUGAUAAAGGUGGUCCAAAGCUAAUGUCACAUGGAGUACAUCCAUUACCUGAUCUGGACGCUUGUGAGACUAACGCCGCCAUACCUCUGCAGUUGCACACGGUGCGUGACGAUAACGGACAGCUCGUGCUGCCUUCGCUCACUCCUCAGUUACAGAACUGCACAGGUGACACAUUGGGAAAACCCUUAUUAUCGGCCCUCAUAGACUCUGACGAGGAAGGACCAUUUUUGGCGUCGCUGCACAGCUUGGAGAGCAUGGAGCGGUGGGACUCUGGGUGUGUUGACAGCACUGUAAACACACCAACCCAGCCAUACGCCAACAGCCAUUAUUUCCAAUCUCAGGCACCUGUUCCACAUUUGAGCCCGCAAUGUCAGAACACACCGUCUUGUGAUGAGACAGGUUACAAACAAAACUGGAUGCCUGCGAUCCUUCACGACGCUGCGUCCAAAGACAAUAGUGAAUACAGACGGACAAACUGUAAAUGGAACUGGACUCCUCCCAAAGAGGAGGAGGAAGGUGAAGGAGAUGACGGAGGCGAGGAGAGAUCGAAGCAAAUUGUUCUGGGGAGUUGGAUGGUACAAAUUCAAGAAUAG